ACAGCUAAUUUGUAAUUAGAUAAUUAAAAACCCAAUGUCAAAAUCUACUUUUUGAUUUAUUAAGAUGGCAUAAAAAGUUUUCUUUUAAAACCUCAAAAUUAAUGGAAGUUUGUAUAAAUGUAUGAAAGUAAAUAUAAAAUUAAUGUAUUAGAUUAAGAAGAGCCUGAAUUGACUUCAACUUAUAAUAAGAAUCAGAAAUUAGUUGAUAUUAUAAUUAAACUAAGAAGUGAUUUUUUAAAAAAUCCUCCAUAUUGUUAGAAUUUAUUGUAGAAAGACCGAGCAAAAAUAGAAUUAGAAUAGAAAAUUCUAAAGUACACUGAGAAAGUAUGAAUUAAUUAUUAAAUAAAAAGAUAGAAGAUGAUUGGAGGAAUAUAAAGGAAUUAGGAAAUAAGUUAAAUUAGGAAUAUUAAUAAAGUUAAGAUUAGAGAGCAAAAUUAAAGUAGUUGAGAAGUUUUAUAUCAGAAGCAAAUGAAAGUUUAGAAAAGGAGAUUAAACGUAUGGAAAAAUUUUAAAAUGAUCAUUAUCAUUAAGAAGUUAACGAAGAUAAUAUUUUAAAAAUUUUAUCUUUAAAUUAAGCAGAUGAAUAAAUAUGCAAUUUAUAAGCAAAUUUAUCUGGAUUUCGUGAUACAUAUAGAUAUGUAUAGAAUAGAAUAAGCACAAAUAGAAAUGUAUCUUUAGAAUGGGUUUGUUCAAUAGUAAAAUAGUUGGCGGAAUAAGAAUUUAAUGAUAUAUAAUUGUUAAAAAAAUGUUAAAGAUAACUUGUGAAAAAUUGA